CUCUCUUAUUCAAACAGCAACAAGGAAAGAAAAAAGAACCUCUAAUUUCCUCUUCUCUUCUUCACAUCAUUUGUUUCAUUAAAUGGAACCAGCCAUGAAAAAGCAAACUAAAACAAUCUCUAUGUCAACAUUAAUUGGAUUUGAUCAGAUCUCAACAAAAUCCGAUAAAAUCUCAUAUGGAUGUGAAAAUUCUCACUUUUAAUGGACUUAGAAUCUUUGCUAACUCCAUUCUAUUGGGUUCAAGUUCUAAAGUAUUGGAGAAAAUCUUAGAUCAGCCAAGCAAACACCAGAAUUCAGUGAGAGUAAUUCCAAUUCUUGGAGUUCCAUGUGAUGCUGUAAUUGCUUUCGUUCAAUUUCUUUAUUCGUCGAGAUGCACAGAAGAAGAAAUUGAUAAUUUCGGAAUACAUUUGCUAGCUCUAUCGCAUGUUUUCGAUGUGCAAAAACUGAAACAGAUAUGUACAAAAGGAUUAUCAACAAGAUUAAUGGUGGAAAAUGUUGUUGAUAUUCUUCAACUUGCUAGGUUAUGUGAUGCACCUGAUCUUUAUUUGAAGUGUACGAGAUUUUUAUCAAAGGUCUUAGCUUAUGCUUAUGCUUAUGCUUGGUCUUAG